AUGACUUCCGUAGGGACAGGGUACGAUCUUUCCAACAGUGUCUUUUCCCCCGAUGGGAGGAAUUUCCAAGUCGAGUACGCUGCAAAAGCGGUAGAGAACGGUGCCACCUCCGUUGGGUUACUAUGCGAGGAUGGUGUUGUUCUCGCUGUUGAGAAACUCGUUGCGUCGAAGUUGCUCGUCAAGGCUUCCCCCCAGAACAAAGGGUCCGGUGCCAACACGAAGAUUCAAACCGUAGGGAGACACAUUGGGUGUGCUUGCAGUGGGCUUGUACCCGAUGGGAGACACCUGGUCAACAGGGCUCGGGAGGAGUCCCAACAGUUUAAACAGCUGUACAAGAGAGAUAUCCCGCCGGUGGCGCUGGCGGACCGUAUGGGCCAGUACGUGCAGGCUCACACUCUGUACAACAGUGUAAGACCCUUUGGUGUUGCGGCUAUAUUUGGUGGUGUCGACCCAGAGACAGCUGAGCCACAUUUGUACAUGUUGGAACCAAGUGGUGUCUAUUGGGGGUACAGGGGGGCCGCUACGGGGAAAGGUAGACAAUCCGCAAAGGCAGAAUUGGAGAAAUUGAUCUCGUCAAGGGACGACAACAGUCCCAUAACAACACUAGAGGCAGUGAAGGAACUCGCUCGUAUUAUUUACAUCGCCCAUGAGGAUAACAAGGAGAAAGAGUUCGAAGUAGAGAUCAGUUGGUGCUCGAGGGAACACACCCAGGGGAAACACACGCUCGUCCAGGGAACCAUGCUCGAAGAGGCCCUCGAGUACGCCAAGAGUAAAACUUCAAACGCUCAGGAUGAUUCUGACGAUAGUGACGCCGAUAGCGACGACGCCAUGCAGGAUUGA